AAGGAUGUUUGUUAUCUUCCCAAAAUCACAUGACUGAGAUAUGCACUAGUUAUGUCAUGGCUGAGGGGAUAUCAUCUCUUCCGAUACCAACUAUAUUAAUGUAAAAAAAUAUAUCGUAUCUGGAAAUUUUUAACUAAGUGGAAGUUAUCCCUGAGUGAUAUAGGCUACUUCUUAUUCCGGGAACGGGAGCUAUCAGCGAGGGAACUGCUAGCAAAAACUCAUAACAAGUAGAAUACACUUGCGCAUGUUUUGUAUUUUACCGAUUGCACAUGUUAACCUCAUAAUUGUUCUAAAAUAUUGCCUUAAUGCUUAUCUAUAUAUUGUAAAAGAAACAGUUCAAAAUUUCAAGCCCAAAUUGUCCGCUAACAUUUAAUUGCAAUUUUUUUUAAGUCACUUUUGACGGUCGAUGUAAUAAUCUUAUAGUAUUUAAUGCUAGACUAUUUGAUUCUGCCACUCCUAGGACUCAUUACAAUGAUGAUGAAUUUGUUGAUUUUGUCUAAAUAAGGUUAGGUUAUGAUGGGUUAGAAAAGAUAAUUCAUGCGCGAGCCGAGUAAAAAAACGAACAUGUACCGCGUGAAUGUUUGUAAAAUGACUAAUUUUACAAAUCAAUGACGGUUUUUAAAUAAAGAUUUUAUAAUUGUUAAAACCUUAAAUCAUUUUCGAACGAAACGCUGUGAAGAAGCCAAUUGAUUGAAGUUAGAAGAAAAACGAAAACUAGUCAGUAAUAACCAUUGCGAAUUGUUAUCUUUAUCAAGCGUUUGUAACUAAUCGUAAAUUGUAUGAAAAUUCAAGGGUGCCUAUAUAAGAGCUCACAUUCAAGUAUACUUUAGUGAACCACCGGUCAAAAUGAUUCGUGGAAUAUUAAUUUUGACGCUCCUCGUUGUUGCGCACGCGCUCUUUCCGUACAAGGAUUCCGCAGACAACAUUAAGGAAGGUUUAAAACAACUGGAAGAUCAAAUACUAUCUAUGGCUGGUAAUAUUCCUAACAUCACCGAUUCUAGAAGACACUACGCCGUUCUGGUGACUCACAUAGCUCUAGUUGCCGCUUCAAUAGCAGAAAACUGCGGCUCAUCCUAUGAACACGUAUAUAUAGAAUCUUUGCCUGAAAACAUAGCGAUAGCCCUAAGUGACGUAGACUAUAUCAUCUCAGUCACAUCAUCUGCCAUUGAAUUCUUCAACAAUCAUACACGUGAGAUUCAAGAUCUGUUCGAAACUCUUUGCCCUAAAGCCACGCCGAAUGUAGUUUGCAGUCAACUGAUUUAUCAAACCAUAAAUGGUGACUCUCCAAGAUACCAAAGGCAAAUUGCAAUUGUGAUCAUUGCUGGUGCAGUAGCUGAAAAAUUAUUUGACGCAGACUUCAUAACCGUGGCAAAACAUCACGAUGAAAUCGAGUAUUUAGUUGGCGGCGUGAAUAGUUUUUCAAAUUUUAUUGGAUUUUUGGUAGAACUCUUGAGAUUUAUUAAUGGAAAACCGCAUUGUCGGUAAUUUUUGUUUGUGAAACAUUAAAAGCUUUGGAAGAUGAUGUUUUUAUUGUAAUUUUACCCUUCAUGGUCUUGAUAUUAAAGCGCACGCAAUUUUAAACA